UGGCGCAUGACCCAUGAAACCCGUUACGGGGCCUCAAAACGCUGAAAAUGCACCGAAAUUAGAGUCUUCAAAAACAUAUAUAUCUCACCAAAAAUGCUUGGAAUUUAAUACCAGCAGCUGGAGAAAGUUCUUGUCCGUCUAUUUGACCAAGUUUUAUUCAAAUAUCGCCGUCUAUAAGCGAGGAAUUGACCAUCGGGUGACGCGGGAUUUCGCGGCGGCGCGCGCUCCCUCCCGCCGCCGCGCUAAAACUGCACAGCACUCGGUGACGCAAAGCACCGAUUUCGCUACGUCACAUACACAACAGCUAAAAAAGCUAGCAUUCAAUUUGUAGCCAAGACUACCAGCUUCAAAACGAGGCAAAAAUGAAAUCUGUACGACUUUCCAGUCAAAAAAUAUUCACCUUCAAAAUCUUAAAAUUGAUUUUUCUCAGGAUAUUACCCCGCAAAAAAAUUUUUCAUUUUUAUAUUUUUGAAAAAUUGAGAAGAUUAGCUUUUCUUUCAUACCAAAUUCGCAUAUAUUCGAGCGCGUGCGGCCGGCGAAAUAUGGGGCUACUUUCAGUACUAACCGACGCGAGUUUUGGGGAAGACAAGAUGGCGGCGAAGCCUGACGCCGAGCCUGACCCGAUCGUGAAACCGUCGACAUCCGGCCUUGAGACACCCGAUUCGGUGGAUGAAAUGCCAGAAAACAUCAGCAAUGUCAAGAAGAAAAACAGAGAUCCAUCCAUGGUGGGAGUUGACUGUGAAACUGCUGGGAUCACACUGGAAGUGUUGCAGAAGGGAUGGAAAAGCUCGGAACAAAGAAGUAAAGGCCUCACGGAAAUGAUGGUCGCUGAAAUCGAGUACUAUCGCCAAAGGUACAUCAAGCUGUAUACCUAUAAAGACGUCAGAGAGUGGCUUUCAAGACUUCUAGGCCCAGAAGCCUAUGAAGGUGUGGGGGACAGCACCUUUCAGUCACACAUCAGAGGCUUUUGGACAAGGGCUAAGAAGUUAAAGAGCGACAGAAAGGUGAAAGGUAAUGAAGAAAAACUUCAAGAAAUGCGAACCAAAAAGUACCAACCACCUGGACACAGACCAGAACGCGCAGAGCCACAGCCAUCAUCUUCCGGAACAUCAGCAAUGUUGCAGUCAGCAAAACGUCAAAAACAAUGUCUGGAAAAGGAACUCAAAGAAAAGGACAAGGAAGUGAAGCAGCUGGUGCUUGAAAAGUUUGCAGUGGAGAAAGAGGUACAGAAAAUGAAAAGAAAAAGAGAAAAGGAGGACAGUCAGCUGGCAAAAAAGAAGCGUGUAUUGCUUGACCAAGAAGCAAAAAUGAAAAAGAAAGCGUCAAAACUCAACCUGAAAAGCUGGAAGGACAGAGUGAAGAGGAGAGAUCUGAAAAGUAUGCAGUCCCAAGAAGAAAUUGCACACCUUGUCGAGAAGUGUUCCAACCUACAAACCAAAGUAGAGAAACUGACAAAACAAAGAGAAAGCCAGCGAGUCAGGCUCCAGUACUACAAAAAGAAGAAGGCCAAGAUGCAGGAAGAACUGACAGUACUUAAAAAGAAUGAUAAAGCUAGGGACAAAGAAAUGUCGGCGCUUAUUGCUCAGGUUGAGGACUUGACAACACAGCUCGAAGAUGGAGAAAAGAGCAUAGAUCUUCGCGAGGGACCACAUAAGAACAGCCCAUUUAAGGACGAGGUCAGACUGACCUACAUGAAGCUACUGUCCUUUAAUGUCAGUUCUCGCAUUGUGACGCCUGUUGUGCAUGCUGUCCUUACAACUCUUGUAGGAUUCAACACUCAAUUGGAAGAUCUUCCUGGGCAUACAUUCUCACAGCUGAUAAGAGAAGAAAAAAACAUUGUGUCAACCAUACAUGCCACUGAGAACCUGGAAAACGCAAACCUUGCUACCCUCCACAGUGAUGGAACAAGCAGAGACGGGAAAAAGGUGGUUGGAUUUCAGGCCAACACAGCAAAACUGCGCACAGAAACGCUUGGAGUGCCACAGGUGCCAAGCGGAGAGUCGGCAGACCAACUCGAUGCCUUCAAGUUCAUUCUUGACAAGAUGGCCAGCCUCACCAGUACACCAGAAAACAAAGUCCAAAAGUCCAAGGAGCUGCUGGCAAAGUUCAAGAACACAAUGGCUGAUGGCGCUUCCAGCCAAAAGAUGUUCAAUCGGCUUGUUGAGGCUUACAGAGCAGAAGUGCUGCCCGAUGUCAUUCAGAACUGGAGUGAGCUGGAUGGGCCAACUAAAGAAAAGAUGGCCACAAUGAAUCAUAUGUAUUGUAAUCUGCAUGCCCUCAUAGGGUUUGCGACAUAUGCAGACGAGGCCCUCCACAAACUUGAAGGUGUAUGGCGGAAGUUAAAGGGGUCACCACUGGGUGUGGAGAGUCUGAAAGAGUUUCAGGACAAGGACGGCAACUACAGCUGGUCACAUGCCGACUCUGCAACUCAAAGGCUCAUACGCACAGCAUGUGAAGCUUUCUGCCCCAAUGGCAACCAACAGGCAGGCCGGAUACUGGAGUUCCAGUUAUACCUAAAUGUCAGGCACCAAAUGAAGCGGGACACUCGUAUGCAUUCGUUUGUUGCCAACCGUUUCAACAUCCUGUUCGAAUGUGCCGCAGGUGUUUACUACCACAGUAGUCACCUGCGGACCAUGUUUGAGGAAGGGUACGUGAAAGCAGCAAACAAGCUGCUACGUGCAGUGUUGGCAGACCUGACCUGUGAACCUCUCCUGGCAGGUUGCAGAGCCUUGGGUAUCAUCUACGUCCACAUCACAGAGCCGUACUGGAGGCUGGUCGAGAGAGUUGAUGUCCACAUUCUCGACCUCACCAAGUCCCUCCAAGCAGUACUGGUCCUGUUCGAGCAGUGGUCCAGAGAUGCUACACCCCUUCUUCAGCCUGACCUGCCACCAAUCUUCUCAACACCUACAGGCCCACUCACACCAAUUCAAGAUGAAAUCUUCACAAGUUUGUAUGCCGAAACAAGCGAAGAAAUGGCAUACCUCACAAAACAAGCACUGGAACUCAUGAUGUCCAAUAUCAGUGUGGUGAUCAAGAGGCGGUUCAAAGACCAAACAGCUCUUGCCAACAGCGAUGAUCCGACUCUCAGGGCACAGACUGCUGAUAUGAAUAAAUCUAACAGAAGAGGGGAAAAUGAUUUCGGAUAUUGGGCCUACCUUCAGAAGGACAAACCGUCACUGGGUGGGAUGGCGGCGGAAGGACAGCUUAUGUUUAAGUUUAACUGCACUGCUGCCUGGCUCGAUGCACUGGUCACAGAAGACCCAGUGAAGUACAAAGCUAUUCUUCGGCAGGCCAGGAGGCAGAGGGCCGAGUGGCACAAGGCAUACAAAGACCGAACGGGAGCCCUGCGGGAGAGACAGGAAGUGAAGCUGAGGGACAGUGCAGAACAACAUGAAGCAAAACUCAGAAAGAACGAAGAAGCACUACAAGCACAAAGAAACCUGCUCCAGAAGCAUGGUGGUCCUGUAUCAGCUAAGACAACUUGCAGUGAAUUCUUGAAACACAUAGAAUCACUUCCAGACAGGACACAGAACAACAUCCUGAGGAAACAGAUACAAUACAGCAAGGCCAUGAAUGCAGAGUUGGCAAAAUCACACAAGCAACUCUUCGUGUUGUCAUCAAACGGCCACCCACAUGACACUCCACAACUCAGGGCAAACCUUCAAGCCAUAGUCUCUUCCCAAGGUUUCAUCCCUGACACAGACCCUGGAACAGAACCACCUCCACAACGCCCUGCUGCACCUACAUUCAGCAAGGAAGAUGCAGAAGAUGAGAUUGACAGGAUAAAGGCACAGUUUACUGCUAAGGUUGUACAAGUUCCAGAUGUACGGGAGACUGUAAAUGCUGCAGAGAAGAGAAAUGACAAGGAGAAUGAAACAGCAGGCCUGUCUGAUGAGAGGGAAGAAGAAAGAGAGAGUGAUGGAGAAGAGAGUGGAGAAGAGGAAGGAGACAGUGAUGGGGAAGAGGAAAGAGAGAGUGAUGGAGAAGAGAGUGGAGAAGAGGAAGGAGACAGUGAUGGAGAAGAGAGUGAGGAAGUGGAGAGUGAUGAUGAUGAGAGUGAGAAAGAAGUCUCUGAACAUCCAAUUGCUGUGGGAAGUAUUGUUGUUGUUGCGUAUGAAGACGAUUGGGCAGUGGGGGAAGUCACUAAGCUGGAGAACUCUGAGUUUUCUGUCAGUUUUAUGACUCGGACGAGAAAGGAACUAGGCGUCCACGUCUUCUACUGGCCAGAUCGUCCAACAACUUACCCAGUGGAAAGAAAGUUUAUCCUGACGACCCUAACAGCAGAUCGGCUUAAGCUUAAGGAUGUAUCGAACACCAGGAAAGCACUGAUAAGAAUAGAGGGAUGGGAGGACAUUCAGAUGGAGUACACCUGUUACUACAACAGGUAUUUCGCCAGACGACAACCCCGGGCAGCGAAACGACAGGCAGCAAAACCACGAGCAAAAAAGUCAUCCUGAAAGACAGAAAGAGACAUUGUUAGUAUUCCUGAUGAUGAUGUAACUUAAAACUGCAGAAAGUUCUCUUGCAAUGUUCCAAGACUAAGGUCAUAUGAUAUAGUGACUAUUUGCAUUUUAUUUUUAAUUUUUUUUUCAUUAUGUCCGUCCGAAGUGAAGUUGAAGUUUAAUCCAAUGCUGUCUCAGGACUUCAGAAUGACAGAUACAAUGUAUAAGGCUGGAAAUACAGCCUUUAUAAAUAUGUUAGGUAUUGUAUAUCAAAACAGCAUGCUAGGAGUAGGACAUCAUGGAGAUGACACAAUUGUGACUUGGAAGGAGAACAUCAUCUGGAAAAGAAAAAGACUUGAGUGAGAACAUGUUUGGUACUGUUUGAUAGAUAUUUUCUGAGCAUAACAAAGAAGGGCUCUUGAAGGAUUCUUACAAAGUGUUCAUCAUAUUCUGUAAACUUGUUUAGGGAACUAUGUUUUGGUUUUCAAAACUAAUAGGUGAUAACACUGUUUCGUAUAUUAAGGUUAUGUACGAUUGCGAAAUGAUAAAAUGUGAUAAAACUCAUAUUUCUUGAUGAGAUACAUCAAUUUUAAUAGCAUAUUUGGAUUCAGCACGUGUCAAAACCCCUUAGGAGUAAAAGAUGUUCAGAUUAAUGAAGGUAGUAAUGAAAUAUUGUAGUUUCGCAUAUUUAAUGAGCUGACUUAGAAAUUAUUGCAGCCGAAAUCUCGUUAAAGGUCAUAAAAUCAUAUUUCUUGAUGAGAUAUAUCAAAUUUGAUUGCAUAGUUGGAUUCAGCAGGUGCCAAAACCCCCAGGAUACCAAUUCUGAUUGAAUUGAUGAAAGCAUAUGAGAAAUACAGUAAGUUUGCAUAUUUAAUGAGGGGACUUAGAAAUUUUCGCGAUGACCUUGAUUGGCGUACGGGUUUGAAAUGUCAAUAUUUGCUAUAGUUUAGGAUUGCGUAACUCAGGAAAUAAUGAUGCAAGGUGGCUGUUUUUUGUACAAUGUUUAAUAUGACCACAAUAAAGUCAUGUAAAGGUGAA